AUGUCACCACGCAGCAGUAGUCUGCAUACGAACCUUGUAGGACUAAUAAGUCGUAAUCAUGAUUUGACCAGCGUUUUCUUUUUCGCACCGUUACUGGAAAAAUGUCGUCUAGAAGAGACACUCUCAUCGGCUUUUCUGCAACUGCCUUGGGUGAUAUGGCGCUCGGAAAGUACUCUUAUCCUAAAUGAAAUCCUCGGCGAAGGACUAUUGGUGCUGGCCUGCCUUCCAGGACAACGCUGGAGAAAUGCUUUGAGUAACCUCUCCCAAAAUAUGAGGUUUCUACGACAGGCUAGACUACUAAUUGAACUAGAUGUUGGAACAAACGACCUUUUAGCUCAUCAGGUACUUGAAUUUUGUCAAAGCCAAGACAUGAUUAAUACCAUUGCCAUUUUUGAUGAUUUUGCGGAGACCCAAACAGUGUUCAGCUUUGAGUCCUUUCCAAAGUUCGAAAUGCUAAGAAACUUCUUUACGGAAAACACUCAAGUUACAAGUCUUUACCCAUACAAGAUGUUGAACCUACACGGCUCCAAGAUUCGCACCAUGCCAGACUACUCCGAACCGAAUACCAUUUUAUACAAGGAUAAACAAGGUAAUAAGAAGAUCUUGGGAUAUUUGUGGGACAUGCUAGAGGCCUAUGCCCGCAAAUAUAAUGCACAACUUCAAAUCGUCAAUAAGGGCGUUGAUGAAAGGCCUCUUAACUUGAAAGAGGCUUUCGAUUUUGCAAAAAAUGGUAUUAUAGAUGUCGGUGCCAGUAUCCAACCAAUGGUGAUGGGUCGACAGAACCGUUUCCGCGAGCUUUCCUAUCCGGUGGACUUGUCUAGUUGGUGCACCAUGCUGCCUGUGGAAAGGGACCUUCAGGUAUCCGAACUACUUGCGAGGCUGUUGCCUCUACCAACACUUUUGCUACUGGCGGUUUUGUGGAUCUGCUACGAGGCGCUACGAGGAAGGUGGCGCCAUCAUAAAAGGCUUCAAAAUAUUGGGUGGCUCCUUAUGGUUACGGUGCUUAGCUCUAACUACUUGGGAAAACUACUCAGCCUCUUAGCAGACCCUCCAUCCGUGGCACCCAUAGACAGCCUGGCAGUUAUGAUUGAGUCCCCGAUUCGCAUAUACUUUGUAAGCGCCGAAUACACUGAUCUGGAUUUUACCAAGCGCACAAAAUACUCUGCUGCAUUCCGGCUCACGACGACUUCCAAGGAUAUAAUAGAAAUGCGAAACUCGCUGAACACAUCCUUUGCAUAUUCCGUCACCAGCGCCAAGUGGAAGCUAUACGAGGAGCAGCAGAAGCGCAGCUCGAGACCACUGUUUCGGUACUCCACCUCUCCGGAUCUGUGCUUCUAUGAAAUGUUUCCCUUCGGUCUGGUCAUUCCGGAGAACUCUGUCCACCGAGCCCCCCUGCAUCACACCACCCUGCAGCUGUGGCAGUCAGGACUAUAUAAUUUGUGGAUGUCAAGGAGCUUCUUUUAUAUGGUGAAGGCAGGGAAGAUAAGCUUUUCCAACUUGAGGGGCCUUUAUCAGGCCAACACCUUAAGUGUAAUGGAUUUGCGGAAAAUAUUUUUGAUGUACGGUGCAGGAAUGCUUUGUAGCCUGACUUUAUUUAUCAGCGAGGUGAUUGUCGGCUGUGUGAAGCUCUGGCUGGGAUUUUACUAA